UCCGGCAAUAAUUGUUGACAUUUAAUUUUUUAGGUCCACAUCUUGAUAAAUAAUGUUUGGAUUUUAAACUUAUGUCUGUGUCAAUAGUUGCUUUCUAAAGAUCUUAAGAUUACAUAAAAUCUUUAAAAAUGACAGACGGGCUAGCCAGAAUACUCUCUAAACCUACGUAUGAAUCUGAACAAUUUGUAGCAAAACUGAGUGCAAAUGGAGAAGAUGCUUUGUUGGAAAUGAAAUCAAAAAUUCACAUGCUGAAUGAUGAAACUGCACAAGCACUUAAAAAGAAUGUUUUUAAAAAUUACUCACAGUUCAUUGAGACAGCUAGAGAGAUUUCUAUUCUUGAAGGAGAAAUGUACCAGUUGAGUCACAUGUUGUCGGAUCAGAAGUCUGAGAUGACUAAGAUGAUGGAACUCUCUCUAGUUAGUGAUAGAGCCAUUAUACAAGGUCUCAAAGGAGAGGAAGAAGAGAAAACUAACCCUGAGGAGGAAAAUAGGCGCAACUUGGCAUUUUUGUUAGAAAAAGUGGAAGGUUGCUCGAGUGUAGUUGAUGCCCCUGGCAGACAGUUAGUGCAUGAUGGUGAUCUGGUGGAGCUUGACGCAGAGACCCAUGCUCAGAUCCAGAGAGUUCAUGCCUUCCUCUUGAAUGACAGUCUGAUGAUAGCCACCUGGAUACCACACAGACGAGGGCCAAUGAGAUAUCGCUUCCAAGGUUUGUAUGAGCUGGAUGGUUUGGCAGUUGUCAAUGUGAGAGACACUGGUCCUGUGAAAAACGGCUUUAAAAUCUUGAAUUUCCCUGAAUCCCACAUGUAUCAGACUGAUACUGCAAAGGCCAAGCGUCAAUGGCUUGAUGCCCUGGAAGACACAAAGAAAAAGAAAGCUUUAAGAGACAAGCAAAAGAAAGAAGCUGCAAUGAGGUUAGCCGAGCAACAGUUACAAGCUGCCUUAGCGUCACCAGGAGAAGCAGAUUUGUCCAAAAGUUUUACUGAUGAUAAAGAGGAGUCUGUGGAUAGAGAUUAUCUGUCAGCUGAUUGGUUGCAGGAGCUGCCUGAAGAUCUGGAUAUGUACAUAGCCCAAAGAAAUUUUGAAGGAGCUGUGGAUCUAGUAGAAAAAGGUUAUGAUUACCUGACUGAUUGUCCUAAAGGUCCUGCCUUAAAAGAAUUUAAGGCAAGGAUAGAACACAGAGUUAAACAGUUAACUGAUGGGCUGAUGAAUGAACUGCAAGUAUCCCCUGAGAGGUCUCUGAGGGGUGGUCCUAGAGCUGCCAGGAGGGCUGUGACUCAGCUGAUCAGACUUGGGAAAUCUGCACAGGCUUGUGAGCUGUUCUUGAGGAAUCGUAGUGCCAUCAUCAAAUACAACAUUCGACAACUGAAGUUUGAAGGGGCUACAACUCUGUACAUUCGUUGUUUAUGUGGAGUCUUUUACUCUUCAUUGUCUGACACUGCCAAAGAAUUUAUCAAAGCAUUCCCUGGACAUUAUGGAUGCUAUUCUGCAUUUGUCAUUUGGGCCAAACAAGAGCUUCAGUCUUUUGUUAGCAUUUUUAAACGGCAGGUGUUUGAAAGUAAAGCAAGUCUCAGUACAAUAGCUGACUGUGUGCUUCUGGCCAGAGGUCAUUGUCAGGAGCUCAGCACAAUAGGGCUUGACAUUGAGUUCUGUCUAGAUGCACUUUUAGAUAUUUCAAUUCAGAAUGUGAUAGAAGAGACUAAAGAUCAACUUAUAGAGGGCAUAAAAUACAGAGCACAUGAUGAUGUCUGGCGACCAAUGAACCAUUUAACUCAGGCUGACUGUGAUAAGUACAUUGCUGACGUAGCCACCACCGGAUAUGAUUUAACUCCAUACAUUUUUGACAAAUGUUUCAUUGCCAUCACCAUGAACUCCAUCCAGUUUUCUAAAGUCAUUGUCACCUUUGCCGAGGACCUUCUAAAACUACACUCUAGUGAACAGGAGGACAGCAGUGCUGAUGUUAUAACCACUGUGUUCAAGGCACAGAUAACUCAUAUUGAGCAUUCCUUGCAAUCAGAACAAUUGAAAAAAGAGCAUGUGUUGAUACUUAAGAAUGCUCAGUUCCUUUUGGAGGUUGUCAUGGACAAAAUCAAAACCCUGUACACAAAGUACAAUGUUCCUUUCCCUGUGAAGCUGCAACACUUGAGCAGCCACUACCGCAAGCUGAAGGCCAGCAAAUAAAGAACCCCUUGACCAUAAUGUGAUACAGUCUUGUUGGCUAGUUGGUGAUAAUCUUGUUUCAGUGUGAUCAUUGCUGUCAGAAUAAAAAUACAUUUUGACAGUGCUUCAGCUGGCUUAAGUCAGUAUUAAGCUCCUUGUAUCUUUGUAUACAAUACCUUGUAUAACAUGAUCAUUAUUUUAUAUACUGGAAAUAUUUUGCUUUCUCUAGUUUGUUGCAUGUCAAGGCUCUUACUGUGUUGACUAGCCCAUUUUGUUUUUUAAUGGUUAACCAUUGAUGGCUACACUUCCUAUUUUCUAUGUCUAAAUUGCAUCUCAAGUUAAGAUUCCAGAGCAUGAUUUAAAUUUGUAUGCAUUUGGCUUGGCAUUCUGGCACCUUACCACUCAGCACCAUAUUCCCUUGUGCUCAUAGCUCAUGUGGGCAAACUAUCAGUAUGACAAACCUUAGCAGCAUGUGAUCAAUAUUGACCUACAUUACCCCCAAGAUGAAGGGGCACUAGCAGAGCUCUUUUAGUGCUCUUCUAUUUCCAUAGUCACAAUAUUGUUGUCAGUGUGACUGAGCUCAUGCCUUGCUUUCCCCUCCGAAAAGAAUCUUUAAAAAGUUACAAGUCCUAGAGAGACAUUGAUCCAUCUUUUAAGUUGUCUCGCUGAAUUCCUUUUUUUUGUCUCCCUUCACUUUCUUCUUCAUUUCUCGCAUGUCCUUCACAUUUGACACAUUGCAUCACUAAGAAGUUCAUUAUUAGCGCACACAAAAUUGCCAUAAGCUUUGAAAAUAUUAUAGGCCUGUUGUUGACUUGUAGGAUUCAUUUAGUUUUACUUAAAAAAUAUUAUUGUGAUAAUGUUUUGUUUUUUUUUAUGUGCAAUAAAAUUGAGAAAGAAAUAAACUUGUAUCAGUUGA